GGCAUGCGAGCUUUCUGCAUAAUAUUACUUGUUGGAUUCACCCAAGUCAAUGCUCUGUUUGGAGACAGAUUAUUACGAGCCAGAAACCCAAAAACUGGACCAUGCACGUUGAAUGAUGAUGGACUAAAAUGCAAUGAAAAUGGAUACUAUGAAACUGUACAAUGUAACUCUGAAUCAUGUUAUUGUGUUACUCCUCACACUGCACUUGUUGCAUACGACACACGAACCAACAAUCCGAAAACCGCGCCAAAAUGUGGAACUUGCCUUGUUUACCUCCAAAAGCUGUUUGCCGACGGAGAUCCUCCAGAAAAUAGUUUCGUACCAAAAUGUGACGUCGGAAAAGGUGAUUUUGAGCCUGUACAAUGUGACAGUAAGAAGAACCAAUGCUACUGCGUGGACACAAAUACUGGAAGAGAAAUACAAGGGACACGAAAACCAUUGAGUAACACAACAAAGAUGAAUUGCAUGCAAAUUGAUUUCUCCAUCGAUUCGUCAGCAUUCCCCGCUUUUGAAAAACCAGAUCCUGCCAAACCGAAAAAUGAUCAACCGAUUGGAAAACCAUGGUGUGCAAGUAACAGAAAUGCUGGACAUACAUGCAAUCAAAAUAAAACUUCGAUAAGAUACUGGUUUGACGUUGAAACCUUCCAAUGUUUCCCAUUCGAACACAAAGGCUGUGGUGGAAAUCAGAACUCCUAUAGAACAAGUAGUGAAUGCUAUUUUGACUGUGUCUUGCAAGACUACUUCAGUUGUGCAAUGCAAUCACAACCAGCUAGAAAGUCGAAUGGACAAUGGUAUUCUUGCCCAGAAGGCCCAGAUGGUCCACCAGGCUUCAAGACUACUACAACUCCAGGCCCAAAACUAACCUCUGAUGGUUGUCCAAAGGGAUAUAUUUGUUCUAUGGGAGCAUUCUUUGGUAUUUGCUGCGAGGAGAACUUGACAAAUCGCUACCAAGCAGCAUUCAAACCAUUAUGCAAAAACAAGAAAGAAGCUUUGCAAACGAAACAGGACGAUUGGUCGAGUGCAAUGCUCGGAAAAUCAUGUUCCGAUAGAUUCUGUCCAAGCAGUCAUACUUGUGAACAUAACGAGUUUUUUGCAUAUUGUUGUCCGCGUUAAUAUGUGUGUUUUGACGUUUGUUUUCUUGCCCAUUCGAACCGCCCUUCAAUUCACAUUCUAAUUCAGGUUGUAAUAAAUAAGAAAAAGUAUUUGUAGUUCUUUUGUUUUUCACAAUGAUAUGUAAUGUAUAUUAAACGACCUUUCAUCUCUUCUGUCCUUUUCUUCUGUGUUGGUUUUCCACCCAGACAAAUUGCCGGCCCCCUACUUUAAACGUGUCUUCUCAUAGCAUUGAUUAUUGAUGCCUAUGUGAUAUCAAUAUCUUUUAUAUUCAUUUUCCCUCCUAAAAGAAAUAUGUUCAGAAAACUGCACCGAAACAAAGUCUUCGACCAUACUAGAUACUUGUUGAUUUCUGAUAGUGUCCUGUUCACCCCAUAAAAAUGUGUUAAAUGCAGCAAGCAACAAAGUAUAU